AUGCAAGAGAUUUCAAGCUCGUUACCUGAAUCCACUCCCAUGGAUCAAGAUUUUGAAAGCCCUAUUGUUGAACAAGAAGUCUUUCCUUCAGAAGGGACUCAAGCUUCUGGAAGCUUCUUUGAAGCCCCUGAGUUGGAUAUUUCAAAAGGAAAAAGCAAGCUGCAUGAGUCUGAAUUUGUGGACGUCGCUCUGCUUCAGAACAAAGAGAACUCCAUUAAAGAUGCAAAGAUUUCAAAACUUCAAGCAAAUCUUGGUGGUCUAACUGCUUUAUUCUUUGACCUGAAACAACGCUUACAUCAAAAGUUUGGUGAUGAUUUUCAACCUUUAUGCGCUGAAGGAGAAAAGAUUUAUGCUUCUAGUUCUGGUCCAACCAAUCCAAUUUCUCAACCUAAAAGUGAAAGAGUUGUAAGACCUGCUCCGGACGCUAAUCUUGACACAUUUUUAUCUUCUGGUCCUACUUCUGCUCAAGAAAGAAGAGUGAAGCAAAUCAGGAUUGAGCAGCUGAAAGGGAAGAUGCUAGUGAUGAAGCAUUCAGACCAAAAUGCUCAAGGUGAUCACCCUGAGAUGUUUUUCUAG